CAGUAUAGUUGGGUCGAUUAUCAGGACUGUGAGCGUGUAGCCACGUACUAUCUAUUCCUGUGUCCUACCGGGUGAAUAUUCAAGGAUAAAAAAUCUUGUGUGUAAUCAAAGUGACAGGUCGUGCUACGAGAGAAGUGUGCGUGUGAACCAUGAGCGUCAGUCAAUUGUUGGCCUCGAGUGAGAGGUGCGUGGAUGAGGGUCUAGAGGGUCUGGUGGCCGCUAAUCCAGGUUAUGUUCUUCUUCCAAAACAGCGCGUGGUGGUGGAACGUGGGCGGGUGUUGCAAGGCCCGAGUAGGAGGAACGGAGUGGCCCUGGUGUCUGGUGGAGGCUCUGGACAUGAACCCUUUUCUGCUGGGUACGUUGGUCACGGCAUGCUAGCGGCGUCUGUAUCGGGGCACGUGUUUGCUUCCCCUCCAGCAGCUAACGUGGCCGCUGCUAUCACUGCUGUUGGCAAGGACAAUCCAGAUGGAGUGCUCGUUAUUGUCUUCAACUACACUGGCGAUCGCAUCAACUUUGGUCUGGCUGUGGAGCGGUGUCGAGCUGCAGGCAUGAAGGUGGAAAUGUACGUGUCAGGGGACGACUCUGCCCUGACACAACUGGAGGGCACGGCAGGGCGGCGCGGGCUCUGCGGGACACACUUCAUAUUUAAGAUCGUCGGAGCGCUCGUGGCACAGGGAGGGAGUCUGGCCGAGGCACUGGACACCUGCAGGAAAAUAAGUGAGGGCACAGGGACCAUCGGGGUGGCUGCUAAUGGCUGCACGCUUCCCGGGGCCACAGCUCCUCUCUUCACGGUGGGGGCGGGACAGCUGGAGUUGGGGCUCGGUGUUCAUGGGGAGGCUGGUGCUGCCACUCUACCAUCCGGGUCGCUUCGUGAAGUAGUGGCCGCGAUGCUUGCCCAUUUAACAAGGCAGGACUCCACCACACGACUCGACCUGCAGAGUGGUGAUGAGGUGGCCGUCAUCGUUAAUAACCUGGGCUGCCUCACGCAACUGGAAAUGACCAACAUCACAAAAGAGGUCAUCUCGCAGCUGAAGUCGCGGGGUGUGAAGCCACUGCGGGUGUAUCCAGGCGCUUUAAUGACUAGCCUGGACAUGAGAGGCUUCCACGUGUCGGUGCUGAGGCUAAAGGAUCCUUCGUGGCUUGCUCUGCUCGACGCUCCCACCACUGCCCCUGCGUGGUGCGCCCCUUGCCUGGAUGAUAUGCAAGGGGAGGUCUCGGUUCCUGAUCUCAAACCCGCUCCGUGCCACGAAAAGAGUGAGAACAUCUACACACUGAGGGAGGAGGGCCACGUGCAAGCAGUGCGCCAGUGUUUGGAGGCUGUGGUGGCCAAGAUGCCGCAACACGAGCAGGAUCUGAACGCUUUGGACGCGGAGUGUGGGGACGGGGACUGUGGAUCCACCUUCCUGCAGGGCGUAGCGGGUCUAUCAAAACAGCUGGCCUCUUUACCACUGAAUCAGCCAGCCCGUGUUCUGUCCGUGCUGGCAGAAAUAGCCGCCACUGACAUGGGCGGCUCCUCUGGCGGGAUAUACUCUAUCUUCUUCACUGCUGCCGCUGCUACAAUGGCCCAACCAGGUGACUCCCACAGAGCCAUGUGGGCAGCCGCGCUCCGUGCCGGGGUGAAGGCUAUCAGCAAGUACGGUGGCGCCGCGCAGGGAGACAGAACCAUGCUUGAUGCGCUCGUGCCAGCAGUGAAAGCUUUUGAGGGCAGCAAGGCUCACGAGGACCUCUGGACAGUGCUGAAGGCCAUGGCGGGGGCUGCCGAUGAAGGUGCUCGUAGUACUUGCAACAUGAAGGCAAGGGCUGGGAGAGCCACCUACGUGCGGGAUGAGAAGCUCAAAGGGGAGGACGCUGGAGCGCGCUGUGUAGCUUUGGUCUUGGACGCUCUCAGUCACCGCUAACUAGUCUCUUCUUAUUCUCUUUUACUCCGCUAGAGGGACUACGGCAACAUCUACGUGUGUGUGUGUGUGUGUGUGUGUGUGUGUUCAAACAAACAGUCAAAACUAUAAACUAAAUUGAAUGGAAUGAAAUUUGACGUGUGAAAUAUAGUCCAGGAUCAGAUGAGUUAAAAUAAAUUCUUUUCCAAGUAGAAUUUUCAAGGUGGAGUUUGUAGUCGAUUACACAGGUGACUGCUCUGUACUAUACCUACUAUGUUGAGCCUUUGUGUGCGUGUCGUGUUGCAUGUAGUAGUUCCGUAUUGUUACCUCGCGUGUUACUGCUAAUGGCAUGCACGACGGGUUUCAAUGGUAAUGUUAUGCAUAAUAACCCGCACUAGUAUCAAUUACAUGAAAUGAAAUUCAAACGGGCUACUCAUUAACGAGUCUAUAUAAUUACCAGUGUUCCCAGAGUGUUAUUUGCAUAUAAACAAAUGUCCAAACCACAAUUAUGUUGCCCACCGUAGUGCGCUAAUGUGGCGGAGACUAGCGGGAGGCAGUUGAACCUCAAAUAAAAGCUAUGCCUGACGAUGUAUAGUGACGCCAGGCAUAGCACCAUAAGUAUU